AUGAAGGCCUCUCUCUUCCUUGCCUGCUCUGCCUUGAGCUUCGGUUUGGCCGCCGCAACCACCGACGCGCCUGAGACAGUUGACAACCCCGUUGGCGUCGUCUAUAAGGCCCUCCUGCUUAACAAAGACACCACCAAGGUUAGAGGAAGCGUCUCUGGCACUGCCCAUAGUGACGGCAGAGGAGUCGACUUCAAAGUCCACUUCAGCGGCCUUACCGAGGACGAAGGUCCCUAUGCCUAUCACCUUCAUGUUGAUCCCGUCCCAGAAGAUGGCAACUGCAGCAGGACCCUAGACCACGUCGACCCCUUUGGUCGUGGCCAGCGACCACCAUGUGAUAGCAGCAACCCUGAAACCUGCGAGCCAGGAGACCUCAGCGGCAAAUAUGGCAGGAUCAGCGCCAGCGGGGACUUCACGACAACAUAUCACGAUCUCUACUCCUCCACCAAGAAUGGUGUUGGUACCUUCUUUGGAAACCGUUCCAUUGUCAUACACGACAAGGACGGCAGACGUAUCAACUGCGGUAACUUCAAGCUUGUUGAGGUCGAAGAGCCAGGCCAUUCCAGUGGUUCCAUGCCUGCCACCACUGCCACCACCCCAACAACCGGCACAGGCGUCAUCCCCACUCGUCGUCCAACUGGUACGGGAACCGCUGGCAGCACCGGCAUUGGCGGCAGCACUAUUCCAACAACUGUUUCUGCCACGUACACUCCCACCGCCUCGCCCUCUCCGCCCGUCCUGUCUAACGGAGCAGAGCGUCUGGUCGGCUUCUCCCUCGGCGCCAUCUUGGCUGCCUUGGCCCCCUUUGCUUUGUAG